AUGACUAAGAUCUAUUCAUUAUCUGAUUUGAAAUUUAUUAAACCCAAAACAUUAAAAUCAUGGUUCACAAAUGGUUCAUCUCCGCAUGGCAAAUUUUGUGUUGUUGAUGUACGAGAUUCAGAUUUUGUUGGAGGUCAUAUCAAAGGCUGCUAUCACUAUCCUGCAGCCAAUUUCCACUACACGUUGAAUGAAUUAUAUCAAAAAAUAUACCAGAAUAAAAUACAAGAUAUUGUUUUCCAUUGUGCUUUAUCCCAAGUAAGGGGUCCUUCAAGCACAUUAAAAUUCUUACGUGGAAUUGAUGAUAUAACUGAUUCCAAAGUGAAAAAGUAUUUAAAUGGUGAUAAUAUUCAAGUGUACGUGUUACACGGUGGCUUCACUAAAUGGCAAGAAGAAUAUGGAAAUGAUAAUGAAGUGACGGAGGCUUAUGAUCAAGAAAUAUGGGAGUUUGGCUCCUAG